GAAAGGUCAAAGGUUAGAGUGCGCUGCGUGCGCUUCUCGAUGCUCUAGUCGAAUUUGAAAGGAGGGCGACUUUCGCUAGCGUGUUAAUUUAUUUUAACUGUUUUUGUUCCGUUAUACUUUUUUUAUUCAACAGACGAAGAAGAUGCAGGAUAUAAUCGCCACCGUGGAUCACAUUAAAUUUGACUUGGAGGUUGCUGUGGAGCAGCAGCUGGGAGCGCAGCCUUUGCCGUUCCCUGGCAUGGACAAAUCUGGAGCUGCUGUCUGUGAAUUUUUCCUGAGGGCAGCAUGUAUAAAAGGUGGCAUGUGUCCGUUCCGCCACAUCAGUGGGGAGAAGACUGUUGUUUGCAAGCAUUGGCUGCGUGGACUGUGUAAAAAGGGAGACCAGUGUGAGUUUCUUCACGAGUAUGACAUGACCAAAAUGCCAGAGUGCUACUUUUACUCAAAGUUUGGGGAAUGCAGCAACAAGGAAUGCCCAUUUUUACACAUUGAUCCCGAGUCCAAAAUUAAGGACUGUCCAUGGUAUGAUCGAGGAUUCUGCAAGCACGGCCCUUUGUGCAGGCACAGACACACCCGGCGAGUCAUCUGUGUGAACUACCUGGUUGGGUUUUGUAUAGAGGGUCCUAAUUGUAAAUUCAUGCACCCACGUUUUGAAUUGCCAAUGGGCACUGCAGAACAGCCACCUUUACCUCAGCAAGCACAGACACAGCAGAAGCAAAACCUUCCAGUAACAACUCAGAGGUCAUCUUCUCUGAUCCAGUUAACAAGUGCCAAUGCUAUGUCCAACCAGCAGAGGACGCCACAGUCGAUUGGAGUGAUGCAGAUACACAGCAACAGCACGGGAAGCAGAGGACCAAGGCCUUUGGAGCAGGUUACCUGCUACAAGUGUGGUGACAAAGGACACUAUGCAAACAGAUGUACCAAGGGGCACCUGGCAUUUCUCAGUGGGCAAUAAAGAUAACAUCAUAGCCUCAACAUAAUGAUUUUUGUUUUCAGUUUUUGGAAAAAGAACUGUUUUAUCUUUUUUUUUUCCUGAGAAAAGGAAAACUUUAUUUUUCAACUCUGGAUGUCGAUCCGCUACUUUUUAUUUUUAUGGAAAGAGGACUGUCUGAAAUCAAAUGAAUGUGAACCGAACUCUAUGAAACAUUCUGUUCUUGUACAUUGUCAUUAUUUUUUUUGAGGUGCUGAAGAAUGAACACAAGGAGCUACCCAAAUGCCUAUGCUUGAGAUUUAUAGACUGUGGUCACAGUUUCAGACGGUGCCAAGGAAAAAACUACAACAUGAUUAACUAAUUUCAUUUUUACCUUGGCAGUUUUAUGUCAUUGGUCAGACAUGAGAGGUGCAAAUUAUAUAAACUCCACAGGACUGAUCCUACUGCCUCUUCUGUCCUGAUAAUGUGUUCACUGGCUGAUAAUAAAACAUUGUUUUUUUAGGUA